CCUCGGAGCCGCCACAAUGGGGAUGUCCAAGUCUCGGGGUUGCUUUGGUUACCCGCUGAGUAUCUUCUUCAUCGUGGUCAAUGAAUUCUGUGAAAGAUUCUCCUACUAUGGGAUGCGAGCACUCCUGGUUCUGUACUUCAGGAACUUCCUCAACUGGGAUGACGACCUCUCCACGGCCAUCUACCACACGUUUGUAGCUCUCUGCUACCUGACUCCGAUUCUUGGAGCUCUGAUCGCAGACUCAUGGCUAGGGAAGUUCAAGACAAUUGUUUCAUUAUCCAUCGUCUACACCAUUGGACAAGCAGUCAUCUCGGUGAGCUCAAUUAAUGACCUCACAGACCACGACCACAAUGGUAGUCCUGACAGUCUUCCUGUGCACGUAGCACUGUCCAUGAUCGGCCUGGUCCUGAUAGCCCUUGGUACGGGAGGAAUCAAGCCCUGUGUGUCUGCGUUUGGUGGCGAUCAGUUUGAAGAGGGUCAGGAAAAACAGAGAAACCGGUUCUUUUCCAUCUUUUAUUUGGCUAUCAACGCUGGAAGCCUGCUGUCCACCAUCAUCACUCCCAUACUCAGAGUUCAACAAUGUGGAAUCCACAGUCAACAAGCUUGUUACCCACUGGCCUUUGGGGUUCCGGCGGCUCUCAUGGCUGUUGCCCUAAUUGUAUUUGUCCUUGGCAGUAGAAUGUACAAGAAGUUCCAGCCCCAGGGCAACAUCAUGGGCAAAGUGGCCAAGUGCAUUGGUUUUGCCAUCAAAAACAGGUUUCGGCACCGAAGUAAGGCAUUUCCCAAGAGGGAACACUGGCUCGACUGGGCUAAAGAGAAAUAUGAUGAGCGGCUCAUCUCACAGAUUAAGAUGGUCACGAAGGUGAUGUUCCUGUACAUCCCACUCCCCAUGUUCUGGGCCUUGUUUGACCAGCAGGGUUCCAGAUGGACAUUGCAAGCAACAACCAUGUCUGGGAAAAUUGGAGCAAUUGAAAUCCAGCCGGACCAAAUGCAGACCGUGAACGCCAUCUUGAUUGUCAUCAUGGUCCCCAUUGUGGAUGCUGUGGUGUACCCACUCAUUGCAAAAUGUGGUUUCAACUUCACCUCCCUGAAGAAGAUGACAGUUGGGAUGUUCCUGGCAUCCAUGGCCUUUGUGGCAGCUGCAAUUGUGCAGGUGGAAAUUGAUAAAACUCUUCCGGUCUUCCCUGGCGGAAAUCAAGUCCAAAUUAAGGUCUUGAACAUUGGUAACAAUGACAUGACCGUGUAUUUUCCUGGAAAGAAUGUGACACUUGCCCAAAUGUCUCAGUCAGACACAUUCAUGACUUUCGAUAUAGACAAGUUGACAAGCAUAAACGUGUCUUCUUCUGGAUCCCCAGAAGUCACCACAGUACCUCUUGAGUUUGAGCAGGGUCAGCGGCACACCCUUCUAGUGUGGGACCCCAGUCAGUAUCUUGUGGUAAAAGAUGGUCUUAACCAAAAGCCAGAAAAAGGAGAGAACGGAAUCAGGUUUGUCAACACCCUUAACGAGAUGAUCACCAUUAAAAUGAGUGGGAAAGUCUACGAAAAUGUCACCAGUCACAACGCCACCAACUACCAGUUCUUCCCUUCUGGCCAGAAACACUACACAAUAAACACCACAGAAGUUGCACCAAACUGUCCGUCUGAUUUCAAAUCUUCCAACCUCGACUUUGGCAGCGCGUAUACCUACGUGAUUGGAAGGAGGGCGAGUGAUGGCUGUCUGGAAGUGAAGGAAUUUGAAGACAUUCCACCCAACACGGUGAACAUGGCUCUGCAGAUCCCACAGUACUUCCUUCUCACCUGCGGCGAGGUGGUCUUCUCUGUCACAGGACUGGAGUUCUCUUAUUCCCAGGCUCCUUCUAACAUGAAGUCGGUGCUGCAGGCAGGCUGGCUUCUAACCGUGGCAGUUGGCAAUAUCAUUGUGCUCAUUGUAGCAGGGGCCGGCCACUUCAGCAAACAGUGGGCUGAGUACAUUCUGUUCGCCUCAUUGCUCCUGGUUGUCUGUGUAAUAUUCGCCAUCAUGGCUCGAUUCUACACCUACGUCAACCCAGCCGAGAUCGAAGCACAGUUCGAUGAGGAUGAGAAGAAAAACGGUGUAGGGAAGGAAAACCUGUAUUCUGCGUUGGAACCUGUCUCACAGACAAAUAUGUGAAGGUCGGAAGGCAAGUGGAGAACACACCGAGUCCAGCAUGUGCCCUGACCUCUGCCCAAGGGACAGGACACCCCA